UUAUUGACAAAACACUUGAGCACACAGUGCAGACACCGCUUGUCCUUCACUGCUCCUGACUAGCUAGUGUUCUUCUAGGAUUGUUUUCUGAAAAGCAACACAAAAAGGGAAAACAUAAAACUCUGGAGGAUGGCCUCAAGGAUCUGGCCUUUAGUAAAACUUGUCUCCAAGGUGACCAUUGCAGGGGGAGCAGUGUACGUCACCUAUGACUCUGGUCUGCUAGGAAGCAGUGAACAGGGGUCAGUGGUCCUGGAGAAGGCCAAAGUAGCUGUGCCACCCGCCUUAGAAGAAUGGAUUAAGUAUUUUGGUCUGGAGGCUCAGCUUCCCACCAUGCCUAAGAUUGAAUUCUCCCCGAUUAAUUCAUGGAACACUGGAGUGCGGUGGACAAUUUCGAGCCUUUCGGAGGCCCCAACAAGAGCAUCUGAAUAUACAAGUCAGGGACUGCAGUACGUAAAAGACCUCAUCAAGUGAACAGAACCUCCCUGGGUCACCUCACAUUAUUAAUGUUUGACUUUUGCGCCUGAGAAAUGACAGUACUGCAAAAAUUUCACCCUCCUCCCUCCAGACUAGAAUACAUGAAAAGGAAACUUCUGUGUGAGGAAUGUGCUGGAUUUAAUGUAAAAUGGUAUCUUGUGGAAGUUGUAAAUAAAGCAGGGAAGCAAAGUGUUUUUUAAAUUAAAAAUGUGUCUAUGCAAGUUAAAUUGUCACCAAAGUUAAUUACAAUUACAAAUAAUGUAUGAAAGCGUGUCUGAUGUAUGUAUCCAACUUCACUAUUUGCUGGCAAUAACACCAAAUCUUUUUUUUGGUUUUUUUUGCAGUAGGCAGCUUAUAAUAAAUCACAAAACGGAUGUGCAAAACUUUAUUACAACAGAAUGAUGACACAAACUGUCAUUUAGAUUCUGCCACAAAUUCAGAACCAGAGAAAACUUAAAGCAGACUUAUCUAUGAUUUAAGUUUGCACAAAAAAAAAAAAAAAACACUCGAAAGCACGGCUAACAGUGAUGCAUAGUGUUACGUUUUGAACUAAAUGCAACAACAGAACUGAUUCUAGCAUACACGGUCACUCCCACCCUUAUGUAAAUGUUUUAAAAACCCCCAGGCACUAUUCAGGGGAUGCAACCAAAGUUUUGACCCAAAGGAGAAGUAAUCUGAAGGAUAAAUAGAGCUCAGUUUUGAGAAAUUUGGGAUGAAACCUCUUCUGCAAGCAUGUAAUUUUAAGACUACAAGGCAUUUUAAAGACCAAAAUCAAAGAUGGAUACUAGUAUAUUGUUUCUUUUUUUUUGUUGUUGAUUACAAUUUUAAAAAUGUAUAUUAUAGGGGCUUUUACACAAAUUUUCCAGCUUAAAUACUGUCAUCUGAAUGUAUUGCAUUUUAUUUUCUUCUUUCCUUCAUGCGUAUUAUUUAUAACAUUUAGCAGAAAGUAUAUCGUCUUAUAUAACAUAACCACGUAAACUUUAUACAGUAAAGUGCUGCACACAACAUCAACACUGAAAUCACAACAGCAAUGAUAAAGCAGAUUACAUUUGAAUAGCAAUCUUACAAUGAAGAGCUAAACAUUCCAAACUGAUCCAUAAUUUCCCUCAAACUGUCCUUUAAAUGUAAUGAAAUGGCAUACUUCAAUUAGCAGUCUGGAGAAACGGUAAGUAAUAUAUUGCCAAAUUGUGACCAGCGUGAAGGCACUUUAUGUAUAACUGUGCAUUUAAAUUUAAAUAAUACUACUUCAGCAUUUCCAUUGCAACCAUAAAAGUGCUGUAAAAAUUAGGAUUUAAAGCAUAUUUUAAAAUCUCCAUCCACCACGUCAACAAGAAAAGCCAGGCUAGACUCACAUAAUGUAAUAUGCAGCCGAUUAAUAUAGCACAACUAUAAACGUUGUAAUACUAGAUAAGAGUGCAAAGGUGCAAGAAGAUAUUGGCAUUGAGCAAUAUAGGGGGCAGAUAAGGGUGACUUUGCAAGGCUGUUUCCCACUGAUGUCUACAAGUACAAACAGCAAACUAAAGCUUUGAUUUUUAGACACACUGUGUGUAACAAAUUUAACAAGAACUUCAGAGAAAAGUGCAACUAUAAGACAUCUUGCUCAUCUUUCAAAGCCAUAACCACUUAGACUGAUUGAUGGCAACAAUGUAAAUGCAAAAUUCCUGCGCAGCUUGACAGCACGACCUUAGGCUGUCCAUGGAUGAAGUUAUAGAAUAAGACUGUCACCAUUUUAUUAAAAAAAAAAA